UCCCAGGAAAUAGCAGGAGCUGUUUUUCUGAAAUCUUUGCAGACAAACAAAAUCUUUCUUUAUAGAAGGUCUGUCAAUAUAUUGCUGUACUUAUGAAUAUUUUAACACUUUAGGUGUAAAAAAUACCAUGUAUGCAUACAUGCAUACAAGAAAGAAAUACUGGUAAGAAAAAGAUACCAGAGAAAGAGAGGAGAGAACAAAAGGAAAACAGUAGAGGCAUUAAAAGAAGUAGGUUAACAAAGGACAACAUAAGUGAAGAAUGGCUAUAUUUAGUAUGUGUAUUUACUGAUCUCUAUUUAUUUUAUUAGGUAAAAUGCAUCUGUGUCUGGGUCAGAUUUAAGAAAAUGCUCAAUCUUACCAAUGUGACAGAAUUUAUUCUUUUGGGAUUAACUAGUCAUCCUGAAUUGCAACUCCUUCUCUUUGUGAUGUUUUUACUGGUCUACAUUAUCACCCUGGUUGGGAACAUUGGCAUGGUCAUAUUAAUCAGGAUCAGUCCCCAGCUCAGCAGUCCCAUGUACUUUUUCCUCAGUCACUUAUCAUUUGUCGAUGUUUGUUUUUCUUCCAAUGUCACCCCUAAAAUGCUGGAAAACCUUUUGUCAGAGACAAAAAUAAUUUCUUAUUCUGGUUGUUUGGUACAGUGUUUUUUCUUUAUUGCCCUUGUCCAUGUAGAAAUUUUUAUUCUUGCUGUCAUGGCCUUUGAUAGAUGCAUGGCCAUUGGCAAUCCUCUACUCUAUGGCAGCAAAAUGUCAAGGGUUGUCUGUUUCCAACUGAUUUCAUUCCCAUAUAUAUAUGGUUUUCUGACUAGUCUUGCAGCGACAUUAUGGACUUAUGGCUUGUACUUCUGUGGGAAAAUUGAAAUCAACCACUUCUACUGUGCAGACCCACCUCUCAUCAAAAUGGCCUGUGCUGGGACCUACGUAAAAGAAUAUACGAUGCUCAUACUUGCGGGCAUUAACUUCACAUAUUCUCUGACUGUAGUUAUCAUCUCUUAUCUAUUCAUUCUCAUUGCCAUUGUACGGAUGCGCUCAACGGAAGGGAGGUGGAAGGCCUUCUCCACCUGUGGGUCCCAUCUGACAGCUGUCAUCAUAUUUUAUGGGACUCUUAUCUUCAUGUAUCUCAGACGUCCCACUGAGGAGUCCGUGGAGCAGGGGAAAAUGGUGGCUGUGUUUUAUACCACAGUGAUCCCCAUGCUGAAUCCCAUGAUCUACAGUCUGAGGAACAAAGACGUGAAAGAAGCCAUGAACAAAGUAAUUACCAGAAUGUGUUUAAGAAAAUAA